AUGUCCGGCGCGAUACCGAAAAGUCACCACCUCUACAAUCACUCGAUUUCUGUUGGCAUAUUUGCCUUGCCGAUUGAGAUUCGCUACGACAUCUUCAAACGGGUGCUUGCCGUGCUUGACCCUUUGUGUUUCCCAGGAUCCAGACAAUCCAGUGGUGUCGUUCUUGCGAACAAGCAUCGUGCAUGA